AUGGGGAUAUCUACGAACUGUAACGAUUCGGGUGUACAAACUAUGUUUCAGAGAGCCAUCAUUGACAUUGUUUUAGGAGUGACAUUUGUACUGGUUCUUGUCCAGUCAGCUACAGGUAUAGGGUGUCCCAAGGGAGGACCCGAUAGUAAGUAUAUACAAUCAAUGGAGAUUUGUAAGACGAGGAGUCUGACUGGCUCCAGUAUCCUACUCGAUUUCUACCCAGCAAGGUCCAUCCCAGUGGACGAGUGUGACUGUACAAUUCUCGUGUACCAGGGCAACAAAUUGUCCGUUAGCCCCGUCUCUACUCCAGGCUAUGUGGGGUGUGGUUCAGAAAUCCACAUACAACGGUACCUCCCUCGAGGGGAAGCACGAAUCAUUUCCUGUCGUGGCGCCACCACUUUUCCUGGACUAGCUGCAGGAAACACUCUCACCAUCUCCCUAAAACGUGUACAGGAACCAUUUGAUACCUCGUAUUGUUAUCGCCUAGAUAUAGACGGAAAAGCCGCAUCCAUGUCUUUAAUUUGUGAAGAUGCCAAAACAACUAGUACCGUCGCCAUGACAACCAGUCGAACUUUAAUCACUACGGUCAAUGACGAAGGAAUUCAAACCGGAAAUCAUUCGUCACAGGUCGAGGUCGUGGACGCUGAGCCAAUACCGUCACUCUCAGGUCUGGGCACUAUUGCUGUGACAACCGUAACGUCAGUUUUGGCAGUCUAUUCCACCAUCAUCACAAUACUCUAUAUCAUGUUACGAAGAAAACGACACCAGCAAGAAAAGACAUAUAAUGAGAUUUACGAAGAAAUUCCUCCGAGAGCAACAGUUCAAAACAGAAACAGCCGUUUAACGCGCAUGCCCAGUAUCUGUGACGAUAGAGAAUUACCUGCCCUUCCUCAUCUCUCUGUACAACGUCAGUUUAGUGAAUAUAACGCCGACAUGCCCCCACCUAGUGCCAACAGUGUUAGUAAACAAACUCACUGGAACUGGACAUAUCAAGAAAAGAUGGCGGAUAACGAACACAACUAUAUCAACCAACCAUUUUAG